GAGUUCGAAGCAUUUUGUGAAAAGGUCGCGUGUCACGUAGCUAAGCCAAACCACGCUAGGCAUUUGUUGUGUGGGCCAGAGUCGGUGAGUUGAUGUGCUGCGGCGCCGAGGUGGCGGACCCUGGAGAGCACCGGCGGCGGCUCGCCGCUGGCGACGACGACGGAGGAGACGGACGGGAGGAGCACGCACUGUCCCCGCCGACGGCUAAUACGACGACGAUGUGGCGGCGCAGGCAGGCGCAGGAGAUGUCGGCCAUGGUGUCAGCGCUAGCUCAGGUCGUGGCCGGCGGCCGCGGCGGCGGCAACGAGGGUGGUAUGGCGAUGGCGUCUUCGGCCAAGAGACCCGCCGAGCAUGAGGCCUUCACGGAGGAGGCGUGGUGGUCGACGUCGUACGGAGACGGAGACGGAGACGGCGGAGCGCGGUCGGCCUCUUCCUUCCUUGCCGCAACGCCCGCGGCAUCCUACUCGGCGUACGGAGCGGCAGCCGGCGACGAGGAGCUUCCAUCGCCGUCCUCCGCCGAGUCCGGUGGCGGAGGGGGCACGCCGAGGAAGCGGUACAGGGGCGUGCGGCAGCGGCCGUGGGGAAAGUGGGCGGCGGAGAUCCGUGACCCGCACAAGGCGGCGCGCGUGUGGCUCGGGACCUUCGACGACGCCGAGGCCGCCGCGCGUGCCUACGACGCCGCCGCCCUCGGAUUCCGCGGCAGCCGCGCCAAGCUCAACUUCCCCGAGUCGGCCACCAUCCCGCCGCAGCAGCAGCCUCCUCCUGCGCCGGCAUCAGCAAUGCCACCGCCGCAGCGGCCCGAGGCGCUGCUCGAGUCGCAGGCCUAUUCCCAUUCCCACUACGCCAGGUUCCUUGUGCCGAGCACCGGCGAGCCGUCACUGCUUCCCGCCGGCUCGACGCCGAGGACGCCUCUGAUUUACAGCUUCGGAGCCGGAGCCAGCUACCCCUUGGAGCCGGAGAGCAGAGGUGAGGGUACUGCCGGUACAGAAUGCCCGGCGGGCCCCGAUGGUGACCUCAGCAGCGGCGUACAGCCAUGAGCAGCGUGGGCGCUGACGGUCAAAGCGAAGCCGACGGAUACUGACAAGGAAGGAAGGUGUGGACUCGUUUCUCACGUCGCGUGGUCAGCGUGUUCACACGGACGGACAGCAAUUGUUUGGUUUCUUGGUGGGAUUUCUCAAGACACAACACUUUGGUUUUCUACUAGUAGAUCAGAAUGUACUAGACUGAAGUGUAAACUCGAAUUUGGUUAAGAACAAAAAGCAAAAAAGAACGCGUCAUUCAAA